AUGGUGAAAGCGGGAAGCAAAAGAGGUGCAGCAGCUGAAGAAGAACCCAAUGACGGAGCAGCAGCAGGAGAUUAUGAGAAGCGAAGGGCUGAGAGAAUCAAAGAGAACAAAGAGAGACUACACAAACUUGGCAUUCUCGAGCUCACAAAGAACCUAAAUCCCCCUUCCAAGAAACUCACCACUCCCCGAAUCAGCCGCCAGGUGGUGUCAAUUGAUGACCCACCUCGCCGCUCUUUUAGGUUGAAGGAUAAGCCUCCAGUUAGUUACAAAGAAAAGACGAUUCCCAAGACGGAUAAGAUAUCAAAAGAGGAUGUAGAGAUUAAUAUAGGAGAAGGUGAAAACACUGAAUUCUACACAGAGGAACAUGAAAAGCUUUUAGGUGACUGCCAGAAUGCUUGGAAUCUCUGUGUUGAUGGUUAUGGUGAAGAUGGCCAGCGUGUAUAUGAUCCUGAUAAUGGCAAGUCAUGCCAUCAGUGCAGGCAGAAAACUCUUGGUCAACGAACUGCGUGCAGCAAUUGCAAGCUGGGUCAAGGACAAUUCUGUGGAGAUUGUCUGUACAUGAGGUAUGGAGAGAACGUCACUGAAACAAAUGAAAACGCAAAUUGGAUUUGCCCUGUCUGCCGAGGAAUAUGCAAUUGCAGUCUAUGCAGGCGUGCAAAGGGGUAUGCAGCAACUGGUGCAAUCUACAGAAAGGUACUGCGUCUUGGUUACAAAUCUGUGGCACACUACCUUGUCAAAACUCGAAUGCGUAGUGACCACGAAGAUCUAAGCUCUGCAGAUUCACCUUCCAGAAAGAGUAUAGUGCCAUUCACAGAGUUCACUAAUACUCUCUCAACUUCUCAAACUGAUGAUAACAAAACUUUGAAGGGGGGAGAACGCACACACUGUGACGGUGAUGAUGCAUAUUGUGAUGAAGAAGAUGUCAACGAGUGAAAACAAUGAUAAAAGAUAAGAAUGAUUUUUUCC